UAAUAAGUUGCUUCUCAUGAGUCACGAUCCCAAGAGCCCAACUCAACUGCUCCCUCCUCUUCCUCUCCUCGUGUGAUCAAGCUGCGAGCCUGUGCUGUGCGUUGCGUGCUGUGCCAAUGGUGGUCAUGAGCGAGCUCGUCGGCACCAUCGGGACGGGGCCGGGCUGCUCGUGGUCGGACCUACCGGGCGACCUCCUCGAGUCCGUCCUCGCUCGCCUCCCCGUGCCGGACCGCUUCCGCUUCCCCGCCGUAUGCACCGCGUGGUGGUCGGCCGCCAGCGCCUUGCAGCCCCGUGCCGUGCCUGUGCCGUCCCCGUGGCUCAUGCUCCCCUUCGACCCGACCGCGCGCCGGCGGCGCGGUGGUGGCACGUCCUCGGAGGAGGCGCGGUUCUUGAGCCUCUCCGACGGCAGGGCGUACGCUGUCCCGCAGCCGGCCCCGGCUAUAUCAGACCGCCUCUGCGUGGGAUCGUCGCCCGCCGGGUGGCUCGUCACCGCCGACGCCGCCUCCGAGCUGCACCUCCUCAACCCGCUCACCGGGGCGCAGGUUCCGCUCCCGCCGCCCGACACGCUCCCCUUCGUCCACGCCAGCCGCGACGCGGACGGCCGCGUCGUGAGCUACAGCCUCCGGUGCUGCUUCGCCGACGAUGAAGGCGACGAGGCUGCGACUGUGCUCGUCCCGCCGGAGUCCUUUGCGCCGGACAGGCUCCGGUACGAGCUCUACGAGAAGGCCAUACUCGUGUCCGCGCCGCGGGAGGGGCAUACCGCCGCGCCGGGAUCGGGCGGCUACGCCGUCAUGCUCAUCUGCCAGCCUCUGUCCCGCAUCGCCAUCGCCCGAGCCGGCGACACGACGUGGACGCUGCUCGACACGCCCUCGCGCCGCUGGGCGGACGCCGUGCGUGCGUCCUCCACGGCUAGCGCCGGCGAGCGGCAACUGGUGUACGCGAUGGACUCCGCGGGGCGCGUUGAGGCAUGGGACGUGGACGUCACGGCGGACACGACGCCGACCCGGAAGGCCAUCGCGCCGCCGUGCUGCUGCUGCUCGGGGCGCGCGUGCUCCAUGUCGGCGGCGUGCAGUAGAUACCUCGUGGAGCUCUCGCCAGGGCGCCUACUCCAGGUCCACCGGCUCAGGGACGCAGCGCACGCGCAGUACACGUGGGAGCCCCGGCCGGAGCACGUCGGGUACACGACCGUCGCGGCCGAGUUCUUCGAGCUGAUCGGUGGUCGGUGGGCGCCGGUGGACAGCACGAACGGCCGCGCUGGCAUCCUGGCCGGGCGCGCGCUGUUCUUGGGGAAGAACGCGUCGCUGUGCGUUCCGGUGGACGACUGCCCGGAGCUGAGGGGCAACUGCGUCUACUUCACAGAUGACGGGCCGUGGUCGCACGACAGGUGCCGCGAGGUGGCGCCGGACGUCGGUGUGCUCGACCUCGCCGACGGCAGCUACAGGUCACCGCGAGGCGCGGCGCGCGACCUGCUCUGGAAGUGGCCGCCCCCGGUCUGGGUCUUCCCGUCGUGCGCCGUGAAUUGAUCCGUCUGACUAGUGUUCGUGUAUAGGAUUUUGAAAUUUUGGCAGCAUUUAACAUAGUACUCUCUCUGUUCAUUUUUAUAAGAUGUUGUAGGCAUUUACAGUGCCUAAAACAGUUC